CCACUCUUCUUUUUUUUCUCUCCUGAGAUUCUGUUUUUCAUUUCAAUAUUCUCUUUUUUCCACUAUAUACACUUUAUUUCUUGCUCUUCCCUUUGUUCAAAGUUAGCAUCUUUUUUCUUUGUUUCUCUCUAAUCUUUUCAUUUUUCUCAAGUGGGGUUUAAUGGAAACUAACAACGCUUUGGUUUUCUUGCUAUUUUUAGCAGUUUCUUCAGUAUUUGCUGAUGAAGAUGUCUUUAUCGGAGUAAACAUUGGAACGGAGCUCUCAGACAUGCCACACCCAACUCAAGUCGUUGCACUUCUUAAAGCCCAGCAAAUUCGUCAUGUUCGUCUCUUCAAUGCAGAUCGCGGCAUGCUCCUUGCCCUUGCAAAUACAGGCAUCAAAGUUGCCGUUACCGUGCCCAACGAACAGCUCCUCGGUGUCGGCCAAUCAAAUUCCACUGCUGCUAAUUGGGUUGCCCAAAAUGUCGUCUCACAUUAUCCGGCUACCAACAUCACAACCAUAUGUGUCGGUUCUGAGGUUCUAUCAGCCCUUCCGAAUGCUGCACCUAUCCUCGUUAAUGCCCUUAAAUUUGUUCAUUCAGCCCUCGUGGCAUCAAACCUGGACAGGCAAAUAAAAGUUUCAACACCUCUAGCUUCUUCCAUCAUCCUCGACUCGUUCCCCCCGUCUCAAGCCUUUUUCAACCACACCGUGAAACCAGUAUUACUACCGCUCCUCAAAUUCCUUCAAUCCACUAAUUCAUUUUUCAUGCUAAAUGUCUAUCCUUAUUAUGAUUACAUGCAAUCCAACGGUGUUAUUCCGCUGGAUUAUGCUCUUUUCAAGCCCCUAGCCGCGAAUAAAGAAGCUGUCGACUCCAACACGCUUUUGCAUUAUACUAACGUCUUUGAUGCGAUGAUUGACGCUGCUUACUUUGCAAUGCUUGAUGUCAAUUUCACCAAUAUCCCCGUUAUGGUGACCGAGUCAGGCUGGCCUUCAUUGGGCGACUCAAAAGAACCUGAUGCUACUGUAGACAAUGCCAACACUUACAACAGCAAUCUGAUAAAGCACGUGUUGAACAAAACCGGAACUCCUAAACAUCCCGGUAUGGCUGUUAGUACUUACAUCUACGAGCUGUACAACGAAGACAACAAGGCGGGCCCUUUGUCGGAGAAGAAUUGGGGAUUGUUUAAUAAUAAUGGCACGCCAGUUUAUAUUCUACGGUUGACUGAGUCAGGGUCUAUGUUUGCAAAUGAUACUUCAAACAAUACUUACUGUGCUGCAAAAGAAGGGGUGGAUUCUAAAAUGCUACAGGCUGCUUUGGAUUGGGCUUGCGGGCCUGGUAAGGUAGAUUGUGCACCGUUGUUGCAAGGGGAACCAUGUUAUGAACCAGAUAAUGUGGCUGCACAUGCGACCUUUGCUUUUGAUGCUUACUAUCACAUGAUGGGUAGGGCUCCGGGGACUUGUGACUUCAAUGGGGUGGCUACAAUCACCACAACUAAUCCAAGUCAUGGUUCUUGCGUAUUUUCAAGUCUUGGCAGAAACGGGACUUUCCUAAAUGGCACAGCUCCAGCUAUGGAUUCCACGAGUUCAUCAGCGUAUCCGGCCCAGUAUUUGAAUAAUAACUCCUUUUCAACAACACUGAUGAUUCUGGGAAUUCUUGGAUUGAGCGUGAUUCUUUUGUAGCCCGGUCUCUGGAUGUACUUCUUCAUCAUUUACCGGCUAUAGUGCCAUGGCACAAGGUGCAACCUGCACAUUUUUCUUUUUAAGAAACGAGACUAAGUUAUUGUGGAUCCCCGUUACCUUUUUGGAAAAAAGGAAGUAGGUUACUGAUCUUCAGAAGCCGCAUAAUUUUGUACAAAUCCAUGGGAGAGCCUGUUUCUUUGGUAGUGUAGUGAAUUCAACAUUGAACCACUUUACAAAUUCUUUGUAGUUCUAUUGGUUUCCUUGUGAUUGUUGGAAUGCCAAUAUUCUUAUUCA